AUGGAGGACAUACGCAGUGUAAACAGUGAAACAAGCGUUCGGCACGUUUUGGGCUGUGAGGGUUUUGACAGCGGUGAAACCAAAAACACAACGUUCUAUCAGAACGCGAGCACCCGCAAUGGGCCGACGGCCGACGGUUGUUACUUCAAUGCCGUGUUCAACGAUAGCAGUGAAGCGUACGUGGACGAGCAGGAUUCCGUUUCAUCCGUCGCAACAACAGGUUCCGAUUCUGCUGCCGUCAACAAUCCAUCAACAAUGGUACGGUUGACAGUGCCAUCAUCACCGGCAGCAUCUACCGAUGGAUCGCAACACUUUCGUCGAAGCCACUCGGUGCGAUCGUCCUUUAACUCGUUGCGUAGUUUGCGUACAAAGUUAAAACAUAACACGGUCGCAUCUUCGACUGGUGGUGGUGGUGGCCACGGUGCACGUACGGCUUACUGUCAUCUACCAGCCGUCGGUGACCUGGCAAGAUCUCCAUCGGCCAGCAUCACGAAGCGAUCCGGCGGCCGGUCUAGCUCGAGCCUUCACUUUACACGAUCCACCAGCGAUGAUAUGCGGCGUAGCUUGCGACACAAGCUGCACAAACUCAAAAUCACCUACAACGAGUUGCGCCGCCUACAGACCAAGGUCCUGCAGGACAAACGCACCCCGGACGACUCGUCCGAAGCAGCGGAAUGUGCUACGCUACCGGAAAACAUUCCCCCGAAAGCUGCCGCCCUGCUUAUGGAAGGAUUUUCCCGAGCGAACAGUGUUCAAAGUUCACUGAAAGUUCACCGACGACCACCAGAAGCCAACAUCAACUCGCUCACUGCGGAGCGUUCCAGUGUGGUGCACGGUGAAGCCACAACCCAUGCGUCCUGCCCGGUGGCCAAUGCUCCUCCGGAGGCAACGGAUCAGUUCACGAACUUAAAAGUGGUUCGAAAGCAACAGAAACAAGAACCAGAACACUCGUCCAAGUUGGCAGUAAUCGGCGGGAAAACACCCCAGCGGGAGAUGGAAAAGGUGACGUCCUUAGUCGAACUACCGAACCGACCGGUUGACCAGCAGUCGGCAUCAUCGCAAGGACAUCCCCAUCAUCAUCAGCAGCAGCAGCAACUUACCGUCACAAGGACAGCCACCAUACGGAAAGGAUCUGUGUGGGCGAACAAUACAACCAAAAUCAACCUUCCGGAGUUGGUCACGAGGUCACUCUCAAACCUAGAGCUGCCAAGUUGUCGGGUGCCCUGUCCCAGCAUUAUACCCCGACCAGCAGAAGAUUCAACAUCCCCCGGACAGAAAUCGGCCGACAGUUCCAGCUGUUCGCUCUCCACGAUCGAAACGCAAACCGUUACCGCAUCGGUUCAAUCCCUGCCCAUUACAAUCGCCACCACCACCAGCGCGGUUUCGUUAACGUACGAAGAUGAACUAUCCCGAAGCCCGGGCCGAAGGAAACCCAAACACUCUCCGUUCGGUUCCCUGCUGGCUGUGGUCACCUCACCCGUACUGAACCGCAUCUCGAGCGCCAGUUCGCCGAACCUUUCCAGCUGCUCGUCGUCCGCUUCCGGCAGCCGUAUGGAGUAUCUUCUGCCCCACCAGCAGCAUCCACCGGGUGCGGGUGCUGGAUCAGCAGCAUCUCAGCAGUCCGUAAUACUACCAAAGCACCGGCAACAUUCGCCGAAGAUUAUUAAGAAAACGCGGCACCUUUCGACCAGUUCCGUUGAGGAGACGGAUGCGGGUGAGCAGAAGAGUGGCAAAGGUCGUCACGCGGCUAGCAAUGCCAAUGCGGAAGCGGAACGGAACGCACGCAAUGCGCAACACUUGCUGCUGCGAUCGAAUCGGCUCACCGUAAGCGAUAAUCAUAAUUUAAGCAACAGUGGUGGAAACAAUGGCACUACAAUCACCACCUAUAGUACAACAAACUCGGUCGAUGUGUUGGCAGUACAUAAUGCCAAAAGUGUGUCUCCGUUGCCAUCGUACCAGCAGCAACAGCAGCAGCAGUCCGUAGCGGCCCCACCGUCCUACUGGAAGCAAAAGAAGCUUCCGACGAAGAAGCAGCACAAGCAGCUGCAGGCACAACUAGACAAGCUGACCCAAAUUAACAUUCAUCUGCACGCACUGUUCUCCGCCGUGGAACAUGGCCACCUGGAAAAAGCACGCACCAUCCUGGAAAGCACGGACGUGGACGUUAACAGCCUGAACAGCGACGGUCUCACACCGCUGGACGUCGCCGUGCUCAGCAAUAAUCGUUCGAUGACUAAAAUGCUGCUACAGCAGGGCGCCCUCGAGAAUGCACAUUCCGUGCACGCGGCCAACAGCAACAUGGGACUGCAUCUGAACAAUCUGCUUUGCGAUGCCGAAGCGACCGUACACGAGCUGGGGAAUUUUGAUGGCAAUCAGCCGGGCAUGACCAGCAACGAACGAACCGGUUCCGGGGCCAACGCCGGGAAAACUACCUUCUCGAACAUCAUCGGCAGCAGCGGUCCCUCGGUUACAAGCUGUACGGGCAGCGAAAUCGACAAGCAGGUGGGGCUGUGGGAACGCCGAGUAAAGGGACUUCGGCGGAUGAUACUCGGCUGGGAGCAAACGAAACCGCCCGAUGUACCGAAUCGCAUCGACAUCGACGUGACCGGUUGCAGUGCAGUUAGCUUGCGGUUGUACGAACCGCUGGAAGGUGCCAUAACUACCAAAUUCAAAGUGCAAUGGUCAUCCCGUUCGGACUUUAGCAACGUUGUGGGUGAACGUGAAAUCAGCGAAUGGUGCAGCUUCCAUGGGUGCAUGGGUGCGGUCUGCAAUCUGAGCGAGUUGAUCCAGGGCCGACGAUACUUCUUCCGUGCGUGUGCCGGCAACGUGAAGGGCUGGGGACCGUACAAACUAUCCGUCCCGAACUGUGUUGUGCCGUCGAGCUGGCGUGACGUGGAGGGACGAGACAAUCGAUUCGCCGGCAAGCAGCGCAAUCUGGACGAGCUGUUUAACGCGGUCCGGCUGGCACGGCCGGACGAUGCAUCCGAGAUCGCGCUGGACGGUGGACAGCAGCAGAAGCGUGCGACGAAAAAGAAAACCACCAUUAAGCAGCUGUUUUCGGCAGCGUCCAAAUUUCAGAAGAAUCUCAAACGGGGGAUCUACUUAGCCUGCGUCCUGUACCAUGAGGAUAAGCUAUUGCUCACCAACGAAGACUUCGUUCCGGUAAUUGAGAUUGAUGAAACUUUCACCAGCAAUCUGCACACGGAUUUCUACUGGCUGAUGAAGGUUGCCUGUACAUGGGACGACGUGAAGUUGCUACGAAUGGACAUGGAACGGAAUGCAUCGUCGGCAAUACACUUCCGCACAAAACUGUUAUCAGCCGCAUGUCAGAUGCAGUCAGCGCUAUCGAUUACCGACCUGGGACAAUUGUUCUACCGCCCUUUACGAGAUGUCCAUGGUACGGUGGUACUAUCCUGUGUAAACUGCAUUAAGAGUCCUAAAGCGGUAUCGGUGCUCAACUCCCGGUGGAUACCGUUGAAUAAAAUCCACAAAAAGCUCGCGCUCUCGACGGAGGACAGCAGUAUCAACGAAAUUCUAAUGAACUCCAUCCAGGAACAGAUCAACUACCAUCAGGUCUCGAACAUACGUCUUUCGAGGGGCCUGUACGUUGGCUAUCUCAAGAUGCAAAGCUCAGUGGACGUCAUACAGGUAGUGGUACCGGUAAAGGCACCAAAUGUUCUUCCGCACUGUAAAAUUCGUGACAAUCCUCAUAUAUCGGCCGAGGAAUGGGAAUUGAUCAAACAGCACAAACCCUCUAGCAUUUUGGAAUUUCGACCGAAACAUCAAGGCCCUACCGAGGUUCAGCUACACUUUCUCGAAAUGCUCACGAAAGCCGUCCACAAUCUGUUUCAGUACAUGGACAUACCGGUGGAUGUGGCCGUCGCCCAUCGGUUGUACGACGUGGAAGUGAUCGAGCUGAAUGCGGACGUAAGCUUCUUGAUCAUUUGCCCACCGGCCGAAAGUAGCUGUGCCGUUCCAGGGCAGAAGGAAAGUUUGCUGCAACGCGGUGAUCUAUUCUCCAUGCCCAUACAAGCGUUUGAGAUGAUACAUCUGAAAACGUACCAGAGUAACAUUAUACAGAAGUAUUCCCGAUUGUCCUGCAUUCUUGAGCUGGACACGAUGCUUGCGAACCAUCUACAUCGAGAGGCAUUCAGUAGUUCGGAGCUGCAGAAGGCCAAAGAUCGAUUGGCGAAGCUGCAAGAGCUAUCGGGUGGAUUGAACACUAUCUGGAAGGGUGUCCGGUGGCUGAUGGACGUGAUCGGAUAUGCACGCGAUCGAGCCAAUAUGCCCGAGCUAAAUAUGAAACAAAUACUGGACUACAAGACUACCUACUUCGGUAAGCUACCCAAAAAUGGUGAUAAGAAAAAGGGUGCCAGUGAAAGUCAACUGCUUCAUCCACCUGGCACAGCACCGGGUGCGAACAGCUUUCACAAGAGCAGUCCGGGCAGAGGGUCAUGGCCCGGUCCGGCUGUAGAAAAUACGCUCGGUCACAAUGGUCUGCUCGAUGCGGAACACUCCAAAUCCGAACAACUGCUGAAGUACAACAGUGUACGGUUUCUGAACGUUAGUCAGGCAGGUUCGCGGAAGAACAGCGCGGACUCGAAUUCGGUCGCGACGCAUAGCAGCUAUUAUUCGGUGACGGGUGUAGAACCGGAAAAGGAGUUUGUGGUGGUGCCCCGAUUACCUCCAUCACGAUCGGAGGAUACGCUGAACAGUUCCCAUCACCAUGGAGGCGAUGGAAAGCAUGCCAGUUCCGGUGGAAACGCUGGAAUGGGCGCAGGCAGUAAAAAACGACCACCUACCAUUUACUCCAGCUACUCAGCUACAUCCAGUCCUUUACUGAACGUCCGCUCACCUUUUCUAGUGCCGAUGGUACCAACCACUAGUCCGGGAAAUCUAGUUACUAAAGUGUCGCUUCCCGUAGAAGAUAUUGAAAAUUCCACCAAACAACCGACUACAGCUGGUGCAGCACAGCAGGCUUCACUAACCACUGCCGCAGGUGCCGUACCGUUUAAACUGCUGGCAAAAAAAUCCCGUGAUCAGGCGUUAAAGGCGAUCAACUUUAUUGAACGAGAGCAACAGCAGGAAAUGGAAAUAUUCGAGGAGACUAAACCCAUCCUAACAACAACGUACCUUAAGCCAACGCUUGCAGCUUUGCAAAAUGAAGCGAAAUCUUACCAACAGCAGGAUGCGGCAGAACCGCGUGAAGCGUUAACGGUUGCAGCGCAAGAGCCGCCCACUCCCAACUCCGUUGCUAUCACCGUAGAACAGACGUUACCACCGGCGACUAGUACCGGCGAAACAUCAGAACCAAGCGUAUCGGAACCGACGACAGAGGUGGCGACAGGAGGAACCUCUACCACCGUCUCCAACGCCACCAGUAUCCUACAAGUGUAUGCAGCCUACGAAACGGGUUUACCGAGUGGUACUUCACUGAAGCUUCGCGUUACACCCAAAACGAGCGCGCGUGAAGUGAUCGAUCUGGUCGUGAAACAGCUCAACAUGGCAGUAGUGCUAAAAGGGCGCGAAGGUCCCAUCUACACACCGGAGCGGUUGGACAACUUUUGUUUGGUGGCCGUGAUAGGCGCACGGGAACGAUGCCUGCGUGACGAUUUUCGACCGCUGCAGCUUCAGAAUCCAUGGUGCAAGGGCCGGCUUUACGUGCGCCAAAAGCAUGAUCUGUUGGCCGCAAUCGAACAUUCCAAUCGGGAUACGGCGGACAUUUAAUUUUACGGCAGUGCAGUGCGUGAUAUAAGCACAACACAACAACACAUAACCGGCAGCGUGAUUGCCUAGCAUUGGUUGAGAACGUCAUGCGAAGGGAACGAUGUGAUAGUGCGAUCAGCAGACGAUUGACAAACCCGUUUUCCGAAUUUCCGAUUCGUAGUUGUUGUUUCAAAUUUUGUUAUGCGCUAUCCGCGGUAGUUUAGUCACAACACAAGUAGCGCGCGUGUGCCGACUUGUUUGUAAAUUAUAAUUGCACAGUUCUGUACAUUUUGUAAAACUUACCUAUUAUUAAUAGCGACCAUGUGAGUUUUAAGUAGGAAAAGAGUAUCUUACGCGCAAGAGGCGAAGCUAAACCCCUAGCAUUGAGCGAACAAAAGGUGACGAUCGUUUUGGUGAUUUUACUAACCACGACGAGCAUGUGUAGCAAGUGAAAAUAAUGUAGAUCAGACUAUAGAGGAUUGUAGCCAUAAGAAUGGGCACCGGGUUUGAAGAUUUGGGAGGAAAAAUCAAAUCGUAAGAAGUAGAAUGUUUCAUCUUUAGCGUGGAACUAUCAUUUUCAUUAUCAGAUAUUGAACAUUUGGUGGGAAGCUGUUAUAAAAAAACCAUACCAAAAACCGUUAAUGAACGAGAAUUGCCGAUCUCUGGGGAAGAGCGAUGUAUAAUCGCGCUUUUUAAAACGCCUCCAACCUUUAGAUGCGUCUUUGUAGGGAAAUUCAACUAUAGAACAGUUCAAUGAUAGACCGUGUCACGAAAAUCACUGGAAAGGAAUUAUUACGCCUAUAAUUUAAUUCGUGGCAAUUUUAGUAAACAUAACGUUACGAAACAUGUGUGACAUUUUUCAACAAACUCUCAAGGAUGUAUAAUCUGGAAUGGGACUAUCUCAUACUUUAUUUUGCCAGUCACACAUCUUAAUUCGCCUUACAAGAGAUUUGUUUCUAUUCGAACACGAUGUAAAAGUUGUUAACUAAAAAAAAAAUAGUUUAGUUUUUUUAUGUGCCCUCAAACGCUUGCCACGAGUUAAGUUAUAGGCCCACCAGGUACAUCAAUUUUUACGUGUUCUAACGCAGGGGUAUGAUCCGUACUUCGGAAACACACAAACUCAAAUCAAUUACUCUCAAUGGCAGAUGAUAGAUGUUUUUCUUUUAUUUUAUCCUUUUUAUAUGGAAAGAGCGCAGCUUAGCGAACGGAUGUAAUUUAGACUAGAGUAUAUUAGUGAAAUGAAAUUAGUCAGGUCGCAAGUAUACAUUGAGCAAGUAAACUAAAGCCAGUGAAUUAAGUGGAAGAAAACCAUCCUAUUUUCAUGCGUAUAUGUUAGAGUGCAAUUGAAACAGCCAAGUAGCAAAACAGCAAAACAACGGAGAGGAUUGAUUUUUCAAAUACAAGAGUUUAUCGAUCUCACACAUUCUAAAUCAGUAUGCGCAAUAGAACAAUUGGAAAUAAGGAAUUUAAGCACCACAGAUGAAGGAACCAAACCCCUUACCAUAUUUAUCCCUUACCAAUAGUAUCGAGCUUAGUGUAUUUAACCACCAACAGGAAAGUCGAAUAGCUGAAGAUCACACACACCAAACUUGGAUAUCAUACAUUUGGGCAACAACCGAAAAGAUGGUCCCUGUUUUAGCAGAAAUAACUUCGGGCAACAACUUUGAAGUUGUCCGAAACUUUACCUAUCAUCACUUAGAAAGAGGCACCGAGAGCAACAUGCAAUUGCCUGUCGGUACACUGUCUCGGUCACUCUGUCCAUGCGAAGAAUGUGUGUAACAUUCAUAGCUCUAGCAUUCACCAUAAUCCUCCUCUGACGGAAGACAGCUCCAAAAGGUGUGCAAUGGCCUUUCGACUGUUUUCACGUCAUUAAGAUGGUGAGCAGACCAUCCGGACUUCAAAGUCGUUUUCGGUCUGUAGCAGUGACAAAGGAGACAUGGUGUAGGUCCAGACUGAUGAGAUGGUUUGAUGGCGUGGAUGAUGCCGUUCCUCAGACGACGAUCCAACGGCAUUUCAACCGUUACACUAGAUAGACCAAUUGAAACAACGAUCGAUAGAGAACACAACCAUUCACCAUUGCAAUAGCAACAAGGAAUGCUCCAACGACCAGCUUUGACUUUCUGAAAUAGCACCAAAUUACAUCGACUUCGUACAAUUUUUAAUCCUAGCUCAUCAACCAAUCGUUUAUAGCAAACAAUAGAAACGAUCUUUUAGUGAUAUUUAGAGCAAAUUUUGACUACAAGUGCACCUGGUGGAUUGAUACGACUAGUAGAACGGGUAUGAGAAUCAAUCCACUAGCUCCCUUUUACAAUACACCAAUACCGUGCGAAGCGAAGUGCGUAGUGUAGUACAGUAAAUAUAUACGAAAAUUUGAUAUGAAUGUUGGUUGUUGAAUUUCGGCACGUUUUAUUUUUUCUUCCAAGAAGAUCAAAAAGAGAACAAAACCGAGCUAAUAUCGAAAAACUUGAAUCGAUCCUGACACGUGGUGUGAUAUAGGGAUGUAGAUCCGAUUGGACGGCGUAGAAACCGUAAAAGGUGCUUUGGGCAUUCCCCGUACGUUACAACAAUUAGCAGCAGCAGCAGGGUAGGGUUUUUAGAAUGCAAAUUGUACCUAGCAGCAAUCCCGUAUGAUGGAGACCACUCACCUGCAUCCGUGAGCGAGUUCCAGCAAAGCCCACAUGCAAAGGUAAAGAUGUGUGGUACAGCGUCAAAGCAAACGUAAAAAAAAAAACAUAGUGCUAACGAGAACAUUAACUAAUCAUAUGUGGUGUUAUUUAGUGUGAGCGAAGAACCAGAAACAAUAGAAACAUAUUAGACAACUAGCGAUAAAUGAUGCAAAUUGGCGAAACUAAAAGAGGGUGCGAUUCGCUGGAUAUUGCCCAGAUGAGUUAGGGAAUGGUAACGAUUUAUCACGAACUACCCACCCAACGCACUACGUGAUCCAGCCGCACGGCCCGGAGCAUUAAGCUGGAUGUUGUGGCUGUGUGUUGGACAAGCAAACGAGCAGCCCAAACAGAUGACGGCAUGCAUGGUUUAUUAGUGUGUAAUUAUGUGUGAAAAUGGAAGCAUAACAAAGGCGUACGAAAAAGAAAACAGAAAACCUGUGCAAACAAAGAAAGUACACCAUUGUCGGGGAGCUAAGAGAAAUGCACCAGAAGAUUCUAUCCAUGUUGAUCAUACCUGAAGCUGUGUUGAGAAGUUUUCAUUUGAAGAAGAUCAUGAUGACACUCAGUGGAGGAUCAAUCCCCUUGGAGGCCCAGGGCGGAAUUAUAGUUGGGGCCUCUAAUUUUAAAAACGAUGAAG